UCCAUCACCUCCUCCGUCUUUCUCUGCUACCCCAGCCAACAUGGCCGCUAAGUCUGAUGGAGCAGCGGUGGCCGUGGAAGAUGACAACCCGCCCAGGAGCCUCUCGGAGCCAAGCCAAGCCACCACCACCACCACCGCCGCCUGCGCCGCCUCUCCCACUGUCGUGUCCCGGCGCGGCCCCUCGGGCGGACAGGCGUACACGCUGCUGGACUGCUGCUGGGUAUUGUGCGCCCUUCUCGUCUUCUUCUCCGACGGCGCCACCGACCUGUGGCUGGCCGCCGACUACUACCUGCGAGACGACUACUGGUGGUUCGGCCUGACGCUCGUCUUCGUCGUGGUGCCGUCGGCCGUCGUGCAGGUCCUCAGUUUCUGGUGGUUCGUGUACGACUACUCGGAGGUGAGCGGCGCUCACGGGUCGGCUGGAGCGGCGGGCGAAGCGACCGGCGACUCGGUGUUGGGAACCAAGGACAGCGACCAGCGCGGUCCGGGCGCGGCAGCGGAAGUGGGGAACGCGGCGAACGCCACCGCCGUCCCCGCGCCCUCCUGCUCGUCUGCAGCGACCGAGAGGGGCGGGCGACCUCGGAGAUGUUGCGCCGUGUGCGUGUGGGUCUUUCAAACGGUGCUCCAUGCCUUGCAGCUGGGACAAGUGUGGAGGUACAUCCACGCCCUCUACCUGGGCGCCCAGAGUCGUUGGCACGGUGACGGUUCCCACCACCGCUUCCACUGGCGGCUGAUGUUCGAGAGCGCUGACAUCACUAUGCUCCGCAUCCUGGAGGCCUUCCUCAAGUCAGCACCGCAGCUUGUGCUGCAGCUUAGCAUCAUGAUCCAUGGAAACACUGUCCUUCCACUGCAAGGUCUGUCGGCCUCAGCGUCCCUGGUGUCGCUAGCCUGGAUGAUUGCGUCCUACCAGAAGGUUCUGAGGGACUCCCGUGAUGACAAGCUCUCCAUGUCCUACAAGGCUGUCAUCGCCCAGAUCCUCUGGCACCUUUUCACCAUCGGGGCCAGGACUGUGGCCUUUGCCCUCUUUGCCUCCGUCUUCCAGCUCUAUUUUGGAAUAUUCAUCGUCACUCACUGGUGUAUAAUGACAUUCUGGAUCAUCCAAGGUGAGACCGACUUCUGCAUGUCCAAGUGGGAGGAGAUCAUCUACAACAUGGUGGUGGGCAUCAUCUACAUCUUCUGCUGGUUCAACGUCAAGGAGGGGCCCAGCCGCGUCCGCAUGACCGUCUACUACACCGUGACAUUGGCUGAGAACGUGGCGCUGACAGCCGCCUGGUACACGUACCGUGGCCCUCACACCUCCGACUCCUACGCCCUGGUGGUGGUGUGCCUGGUGGCCUGCAGCUUCGCCUUGGGGACUUUCUUCAUGUUAGUCUACUACUGCUGGCUGCAUCCUGAUGGGCCGGUCUUGGGCACAAAUUGGGGGGGCUGUGUGGAUGAGGGGAUAGUGAGUGCAAGUGGUGUAGUGGGUGUGAUCGAUGCCUGUCUCACCCCGUCCCAAGGCUCACAAACGGACAUGGUGAUCACCAGUCCUCCCAGGACUCUCCCCAGGACUAAAGACAUGGGGGACAUGGUUGCUGGGGAGCAGGAUAGAGACAGGGAAAGGGAUCGGGAUAGUUGCCUGCCGGUUUUUCAGGUGCGCCCGUCCCCUUCAUACUCCCCAGCACUCCUCCACAGGACCUCCACCUCCCAAGAGGGCCCUGUGAUCAGGAUCGACCUCCCAAGGAAGAGGUAUCCAGCCUGGGAUACCCACUUCAUUGACCGCCGCCUCCGCAAGGCCAUCCUACUUCUGGAGACUACAUCAGCAGUCAGUCCCAGGAUACAGUACAGAAGUAGCAUGAUGGGCAGCAAAGAGGUGCUGGAGUACGAGACUACAGUUUAAGCCGACGGGCGUUCUUCAAAUGAGAAAUGUAGUCUGGGAUCAAGACUCAGCCAGAGACCAGUUCUCCUCCUAGGACUCCCUUGCCAGGAGAGAAUUGGACAGGGAACAUGGACAGUCAACUGUUUUUCAUUAAAGAUAAGUGUGAAAACUUGAUUGUAAAAUGUGAAGCGCAAUCUCUGGCCAAGGCACUCAUUCCGCUUGACCAGGUCCAGGUUGAAGCUCCAUCCUUGAGCCAAUGAGGGAAUAGGAAUCGGAUAAUCUUCGUUUAAUUGAAAUGCUUGUAGGUGAGAAACGUAAUCUCCCAUUGUGGGACAGAGAAUUACAGUAUUAGAUUUCAUCCUACAUGGUCAGAAUGACAUAAAUGAGCUGAUGCAUGAACAUACAGUAAGCCUGAGACUGUGGAGACCCCCACCCCCUACUAUUAAAGGGAGCGAGAGAGAGAAUUUGAAGACUGUUUUGUCAGGGUGGUAGAAUGGCACGUGGAAUUGUUGUGAAGCAAAAUUAUAUGCUGAUUUUCCACAAUUUAAAUGUUUCCCUUAAUUAAAAUUUAAAUGGGAAAAAAAAAAGGUCAAAACUGGGCUGCAGUAUAAAAAUGUCAAAUAUGCAGAUAAUUCAAAAAAAAAAAAUCAGUAGAUGGAGCCCAGUUUUAACUUAACAUUGAGGGGACAAUUCAUCUUGACUAUUGUCUCACCAAGUCAAGACCCAGUCCCAACUUCCCUCCAGUUGAUUGCAUGUCCUUCUUCUGACCUCUAAGAGCACCACACACGUCUAUUGAGGUCCAGAUGAAGUGUUAACGUCAAAUGACCAAGGACUGAUGUGACUCGAGAGCCACCUCACACUGAUGUACAGUCAAGUAAAUACUAAUGUCAGAUAUAAGCUAGUAAAACACGUAGUUACUGUAGGUGACGAGUGACUCGACAGAGUCUAAAUGUUCAUUCAAGUUGACUUUUAGCGAGGGGUUUAUAGUGGGAAACAUAGUUUCCUUCCUGUUACGACAUUUUUCACUUUUUAUUGGGAAAGUAUUGUUGAAUAAUCGGCAAAUGGUGGGAGAGGCUCUAGCUUGCCUGUGACCCUAAUGAGGACAAUCGUCAUAGAAAAGGGACGGAUGGGUGGUUUAAUUCUGAUUAAAACUAAAUAAAUACAAUUUAAAAUGGUGAUACACUAAAAGCAAAAUGUAGUCGUUUAGGCUCACAAGUUACCAUAUCAAGAUAGAGGGUGGAUGAGUUUUUGAAGGGCAGUGUUGUUUACAAAAGAAAACCACAUACCAGCCUUUUAUUUGCAGAUAAAGGUACACUUAGAAGUACAAGAAAGGAGAUACAGCAUAGCUAAUUUUAGACAACAACAGUAAACAGUGACUUUAGCACAAGCGCUCGUGCCAAAGCUAAAUUCAGCCACCUCUCGUACUCUAGAGAAUAGCCUUCAAUUCUUGAUUACUUUUUUCCCUUCACGACAGACGGGAAUGACAGAGACUUUUACAGAAAACCUCAAUUUUCUUAGAGAAUUUGCUUUUGUGAUGUAAUAGUAUGCAAAACAUACAGUACCAUAAAAGUCUUAGUUCACCACUAGAUCCAUUGUUAAUGUCUAGUUUGGUAGAAAUUCACUCAAUCAAGUGCAGACCUGCAUCAUGGCAACAAAACUGUUGACGAAACUGGAAGACAAAAAAAAAAAAAAAAGUUUUGCGUCAUAUAAUAUGUGUUGGUUUAUCUCAUGGUUAGUUUGCAGACGACUUCCUGGUUCAUCAGGGAUGAUGACUAGACGGACUGUGCCAUUGUGAUUUUGAGGUGGUUGGUUCCCCAGAUGAUACCGUAGAGUAGGGGUCACCAACCUCUUUGAAACUGAGAGUUAUUUCAUGGCUACUGAUUAAGGUGAAGGGGUACCACCAGAGUUAUCAAAAGUACUGGAAUUCAGUACUUAAGUAAAAGUACUGAUGCUUGUGCAAAAAAACAACUCUGGUAAAAACCUUAGAAUGUUUUAAAAGUAACAUGCUCAUUUUUAAAAUGUUAUGAGUAGAAAGUACAGAUAUUUGUGAUAAAAAGUAAGGAGUAAAAGUUCAAAGUCGCCAGAAAAAUAAACACUCAAGUAAAGUACAGAUACCAGAAAAAAAAUCUACUUAAAUACAGUAACAAAGUAUUUGUACUUAGUUAAUUGAUACCAGUUUGAUACACACUUCUGAAGUAAGUAAGUAUUAUUGAGGGCACCAUGUUGGUGAGUGGUGACCCAUGCCAUAGAGAUUCAAACAAUGAAAUUAACCCUGUGUCAACAUGACUGCUGUGAAACAACAGUAAAACAGCCAAGCUAGUGGUGGACUGACAGUUUUGUGCAGUACUGUAUGUACUGUAGGUGUAUCGGCAUAAUUGUGAAUGAAGUUGUAUUAAUUCUGACUUGUUAAGCAAAGGCUUUUCUCAAAGAAGGGACUAUUUGCAUAAGGAUGAUUUCAGCCUGACACGGAUGACAAUAUUCAUUUUUGUGAGAUUGUGAUUUUUUUUUUGAGACAUUUGUCAGUGACUAUAGGAUCGUACCCAAACCUCAUGGCUAUAUUCUCCCGCCUGUUUAUAUAGAAUACAACAUGCUUGUAGUUUAAGAUGUCACGGAAACACCUCCUCCAUCAGCAUAAUGGAUAGCAUACACGUAGAGUGGACUGGUAUACUCUUUCACGAGUAGUGAAAUUAUCAACAUAUCAACCUGUUCCCUUCCUUUCGGACCCUUGUACUCCCUCUGUGCCCAUCAUGCAUCAAUGUUGAUUGAGAAGUGCUAAAAAGAUUAAGAGGGCUACUUUUUUCCAGUGUAACGUGUUUCUGAUACAGUGCAUUCAGGAAUUAUUCAGACCCCCUCCGUUCUCUUUUUUUACAUUUAUUCUGUAGGAGCCUCGGUAUAAUCAUUUAAGUAACUUCCUACUAAUGAUAAAUUGGAACCGUAAUUCUCAAAGUGUGGUACAAGUGCCACGAGUUACAAUCAGGCUCCCUUUAACGGUACGUGAAAGAAUCACUGCCCAAGUACAGUUCAGUUGUAUUUAACUUAGAAUUUCAAUACGUUUGCAUUUCAUUUUUAAGAACUGAUCCCUAUUCAACAUUUAAUCAGGUAUGGUUUUUAGUUAGCUUUUAUGUGAAAUACAUUUUAAUUGAAUCAUUAUUUAAGUAUUUUUUUUAAAUGUUCUAAUAUAAACCAUACAGUUGCAGUGGCUUACAAUAAUAUUGACUAUCAUUUUUAGUAGUGCUACGAACGAGUCGGUUGUAAUUCCAGUGAACUCGCGAGUGGGGGGAAAAAACAAACACUGAGUCAGAAUUUUACUAUUUGCAUCAAAACAAAUCAAAGAAUAAGCUGUUGCCCCAUCGUAAUUACUUCCUUUGUUUUACGGCCGCCUUUUUGACUUACUGUGAAUGCAUCGUUUUUGGUGAACUUAGGCAUACUACACUAAUGUAUUUCAAUGACGGUGGUAUUUGGAGACCUACUGUAAGUAUAUGUUUAACCACUGCAGUAGAAUAUUGUACAAUAUUAAAGGACAAAAGCAAUUGUUGGAAUUCCAAUUGUUCUGUGAUUGGCAUUGUUUUUAGCAUUAGUAUUCCUUUUCCGUAGAUGGCGGAAAUCCUUGAUUUGUUUUGACAGUCCCCAACAAUUUGAAAGCACGAUGUAUCGACACCAACAGUGCUGAGGGGGGACUGGAAGAACUGAAUUCAUAUGUGGAGUUUUCAUGUUCUCUUCAGUCUCACGUGCUUGCCUAAGCUUCCUCCCACAUUCCAAAAAUAUCCAUGUUAGGUUAAUUGAAAACUCUAAGUUGUGCCCGUGAUUGGCUGGCAACCAGUCCUAAUGAGGACAUACGCGACAGAAAAUCAAAUCAAUGGAACAUAGCUUAUUGUGUGAAUUAUUCCACUAAAAUGUGAUUACUUGCAAUUCAUUAAUUUUAAAGCCUCCAUAUCAUUUUUAAGAAAGUCUCAUCACUAAUUAUUGCAUAAAUCAAGUCAUUUGAAUGGUUUUGAAUAGAGCAGGGUGAGAAAAUGAAGGGGGUGUGAUUAUUCUGAAUGGAUUGUAUCCUGGCAUUGAGGAAAUCAAUUAUUUUCUCAAUAAUAAUGUUAUAAAAGAUACAUCCUCAGUGACCAAAAUGUCCUUGGAUGAGCAUGCAAUGUUACACUUCGAGUUUGGGAAAAAGGGGGGAACACAGGAAAACACAUUCUCAGAUUUUAUUUUGAGCUUGACUGUCCCCCACAGACUCGAAAGUUUCAACAUAUUUUCUUUUCUGCUUCUGGUUGAACUCGAGCACUCCUCAUGUGUCACCUCGCGUCUGAGAAUGUACAUAAUGACAGCACAACGAGGUCACGUGACAUGAUGAUGAGCUCGUCUCCGAGAAGAGAGCCAAUCAGUGUUGUCGCCGUGGUAACACAACUCGUGGAUGUUGAUGGCAACGUUAAUGGUGCUGCAGACGACAACUUGCUGUUGCCCCCCCCUCCCCCCACAAACCCCCACUACCCUUCCAUGCCCCCAUCAUGUCAAACAUGAUAAGCUAAUGUACAGAAGUUGUCGGUGGUUGAGGGCGGGCCUUUGCUCUCUAAUGAACCAAUUAUUUUGUUUUUGCUGUGGUGAUUAUUAUAAACUUGAGAUCAAAAAAAAAUAUCAAUCAUAUUCUGUUCAUUGAUGCAAGUGCAGUAUUUAUUAUGUUUAUUUUUGUAUUUGUUUUAUAUCUAUUUCCUAUUGUUUAAUCACUCAGUGGCCAUAUCUUUGGUAUGAUAUGACUCAUACAUUCAUAUGUAAAAAGUAGAUUUUUUUUACUCAUUCCAUCGAUAUGUACAUAACAGACUGGGAUGUGGGUGUGUGUGUGUGUAUUGUAUGUAAAGUGUGUUUGGAAGCCGGUUGAUCAUGCUGCAUCAUAAUCUUCAGAGUGAAACUUUCUUGACGGUGUUAUAAUUCAAUUUAAAAAAGGAUCAAAAACUCGACAAGCUGUGCUGAUAAAUGUAGAUGGGAACAAUUACUGUAGUAAAUAUGGCUGAACAGCA